AAGUAUCCAGUUUCCAAUUGCGUAUCACUAUUAUGCUAGCAUACCUAUAUAUUACUUUGUCAUGAUUCGUGGAUCGAGCUCCCAACGCUUAACGUUUCAAUAAUCAGUUUUGACAUAUGUUUGAUAACGGGAACGGUUCUUUAUUUGGGUUUUAAUCUUCUAAGUUCCUAGUCAAUGCUAAUUCUAAAUAUUAAUUAUUAUUACAUUUUUACUUUAUCGAUUGUUUUGAGUUUGACUUCUUUCUCCCAAAAAAUACAAUUAUUAAUUGUAUUUUAUAUACGCCAAGUUAAAUAUAUACUUCGAGUUUUAGAUAUCGUUGUAUGCAUGUCGUAUGAGUAAAACUAAAAACAAUUUUAAUUAAUAUCGAAUCUUUCUAAUAACUAUGGAGUGCAGUUUAGCUUCAUCAUAUACUAAUGGCAACAGCAAACCAUCAAGUCAGAUACAGGAAAAUAGAAGUCCAACAAAAUCAGGUCUACAUGUAAACUUUACUGAAAAAGUUGAAGUAAAGGAAAAGCGAGAAAAAUUUUUGACAGCAAAGUACGGUGCCCACCAAAUGAGCUUGAUUAGGAAACGAUUAAACGUUGAAAUGUGGCUGUUAGAAGAGCUUCAAAAUCUUUAUGAUAUGCCAAAAAGAGAUCCAGCAGUUGAAGGGAUCGAAUGUGAAGUUGAAGUUGAUAUUGAUGAUUUAUUAGAUAUGGAAGAUGAUUGUCAACGAACAAAAUUCCUUGAAGAGUUAUUAUCAGCAGCAAAGUCAAAGGAUAAUAUCAAAAUCUUCAUUAACAACUUGUUGGAGAAAAUCAAGACUUUAUAAAUGAUUUUAGACGGAAUUCAAAUAAUUAAUCCGUCCACUCCUAGCUUAUAACUGCCAAGCAAGAUUUGUCGCAACUACCAUUAAAACUGCAUAGCAUACAUUUUAAAAAAUAAUCUUAUUAGUCAUAAGUUAGUUUAAGUAUUCAAAUUUUUCCUAUUUAAAUAUUUUAUGUAAGAUAUAUAUAACUGUAGUUUAUACACUUGGAUUUUAGGAUUUACUCUUAAAUUAAUUAUUGUUUAACAAAUAUUUUGUAAUUUGUAAUUAUAGGAUUAAUUUGUUUUUAAUACGUUUAAUUUUUAAAGUACCACAUAAUGAUUCUGCUUCAUAAUUUAGUAUUUAUUAUCUUGAUAAAUUAUUACUAUAGUCACAACGUACCACAUUAUCAGUUUAAAGGCUGACUCUUUUAAGAAGUUUUUUAAUUAAAUUUCUUACCAAUAAAUAAAAUGUACUAUAGAAUAGAAAAACAAAUGUAUACCAAUUAGGAGUACUAUUUUGCCAACAUAAAGCCUGCAUGUUUAAUUUUCAGUAAAAUAAAAUAUUUAUUCACAUAACAACAACAAGUGUUGCCUAUCUAUAUAAUAUAUAACUUAAUUUAUGAUGUCUCUAUUUACUAAAAAUGAAUUAGCUUACGUAUUAGAAAUAAAUAUUAUAUGUAUAGUUUAUAUGAAUCACAAGUACAAACGCUAAUACUAAUAUAUAUACUCUGGAAACUUUAAGAAGUUACCUGCGCGUCGGACCAAAACUCAUCAGCUGCCACCUAGGUCGUAUUUGUAUGUACAGUAGGCAUUGCCAAACUAUGACAAUGUUGCAAGGUGGAAACCAGUCGUCGCAGACUCAAUGAGGCACCUUCUUAAAGUGUCCGGAGUAUAUAUAUAUAUGCAAGGUGAUCAACUUAUCAUGAACCACUCAAUAUCUCAUAGGGUUUAAUAAGAAAUUACAAUAGAAAGUAAAUACAAAA